AUGAAGACUUUUGGUCCGCAGUUCCAUCCGAAGAACUACAGAUGGCAUUUCACUUUGCAGCAUCCGGCCAAGUGGGAGGAGUAUCAGCUCACUUCAGGCUCUGACAAGGCGAUCUUCUUCCAUGUUACUAUACCGCUUGUUAAUGCCAUCGUACUUUUUUAUGUAACUGAAGAGAGGCCACAUUACACCUACUAUAUUGACAAGCAAGUCAUUGAGCUCGUCGUUGGAGAAAUGUUGUGGGAUUCCGAGGACGUAGAAGCUCUCAAGUUUAAAAACGCGAUGCGCAUAUUUUCUCAUGAAGAGCCACCAGGUGACUGCACGGUCACCUUCAAGACGUCUAUGGCCUACAAGCUGGCGAUCAAGCACGUUGGCAUUGGAUUCAGCAUGAAGGAUAUCACCCUAGCAAUCAGACAGCUAAGGAUGUGGUCAAUGCACCGAAGCUCACUGGCAUGA